UGACCUUCCGUAUGAGAAUGGACAUACCAACAACACCGAUCGUACAUCUUGUGUGGGUUUACGUGACAAUCGUCAUUGUUGCCUUCUGUCAAGUUGUCACGGGCCUGACAUGCAUGAAAUGUACCGGUGUGGGUCUGCCUAGCUAUUGUGUAGGAACCGUAGCAUGCCUCUCGGACGAGGACUGUUACACAGAGAGGGUUAUUGGGGAUGACUCCAAUAUCUUCUACAACUCGGACUGUCUAAGCCAUCAGAUUUGUCAGCUAAAGGCUAGAACGUCACGGACAUUUCGUUCCCAGAUCCAUAUCUGUGAGGAGUGCUGUGGGGUUGACAAGUGCAACAGCCAAUUGUGUAACCAGACGUCGUCCACGUCUACGCGGCAGUGUUACGUGUGUGAUGACGUUGCCAACCCGCGUGAUUGCACCACCAAAAUAGCAUGUGGCCAAGAUGAGGAAUGUUUUACACAGGAAUUUAUCUCAUCAAAUUUAGAGAAGCGAUACAAACUAAGUUGUGAAUCAAGGCAGAGGUGUCGGAUACUGAGCUUAUUUGGCAAGAAGCGUUCUUCCUCACAACUUUGUAAUGAAUGCUGUUCCGGACCCGGCUGUAACCGGCAUCUUUGUCCACUAGUGGGGCCGUUCCCUGUGAUACCUAACCUCCCCAAGCCAUGUGUGGACCAGGGGAGUGUGGACUGCGCGAGUCUGUUCCAGGCUGGCCUCCAACCCUGUGCCACUGUCAACAAUGUGUCCACCCAGUACUGCCCACACUAUUGUGGUUACUGCUGACAGCUUCCAUCACACAAAUGUCCAUCAUGCAAAUAUAUAAAGUGUAUAAAUAUUCAACAUUAUUUAUUAAAAAAACCUUUAAAACGUCAAUUCGUGCAAAUUGACACACCUUUUUCAGGUAAUUAUCGUGUGAAAGAAAAUGAUAACCUACUUUUUUGCAAAAAU